UAUGAUUUUUCCCGUUUUUCCUUAUUCGCCCUGCUUAUUCUCAUGCGUGAUCGCGUGGUUGACGAGACGACGUACGCCGGGUUUAGUUUCUUUCGAAUAAAUAAAAGAAAUUACCAUGGUUAUUUACUGAAUCUAGGUUGUUUGAAUCUUUAAAAAGAAACGGAACAGCAAAACAAUGUCAUACGUGGCCUGGCUGACAAAACUGCGAGGUGCCGACAAAAGCUCUGCCAUUCAGGGCACGAUUCGCAAAAUCCACUAUAAUUUUCCGGAUGGUACGGAAAUGGUCGAAGAGUACAGCACCGAAACCGGUGUGAUCCUGCGACGCGCCUGGAAGAAAAAAAGCGAUCUCAUACGGAAGGAUGAAUGGGAAAUCGAACUGGGCGAUCCCCUUCCAAGAGCUUUGGCUGGGGCAAAAUCAAACAACGCCGAUGGUUUCUUGUUCCAAGAGUCUAGCACGGAACCACUUCUAUCGAAGCGGAUAACUCGGGUUGCCAUCGAGUGGCGCAUUCGGAAUCUGCCUUAUCCACUCUGUACGUAUUCGAUAACCUGUGAUGGAGACGAGCGGACAAUAACCGUGCGAACCUCUAAUAAAAAGUAUUUCAAACGGAUUGAGAUUCCGGAAUUCCAGCGAUGUAAUUUCGCUCCCCGCCAGGAAGACUUGACCGUUUUUCAUCAAAACCAAACUUUGAUCAUUUCGUACAAAAAGCCACCAAUUUUAAUCGAGAUGGAAAAGGCCGUUCUUGUCGAGUUGCAGAAUAUUGAAACGAUCGAGUAUGACAAUUUGCAAUGUGAAGAUUUGUUGAAAGGUUUAAUGGGUGGAUAAUAAAUAUCAAACCUUAACUUAA